AUGGCCACCGCCAGCGAGCACGUCCUGGUCAGCAAUCCCGACAAACUGGUCCUGCUCGCCGAGAUCCCGGCCGCGGAUCCGCGUGGUUCGGAGCCAACGGCGACGCUCCGUCUCCUCGUCGAGCUGCGCAGCGACCACGGCGCCGGCCUGGAGGAUGUCGACACGAUGGAGGACGUGACCUGCCGCGUGCCGCUGCGCGACCUGGUUCGCCAGGGCGCGGCGGACCGUGCGUUCGGAGAGCUCGUGGCCAGGCUCGACAACCCGAUGCUGCGCCCGGAUGUCACGGCGGCAACCAAGGCAGCGGCGGGGCUCGUCCGGGCCAGAUGCGGGGACUCUGCGGCGGUCGACGGCCUCAGCGGCAUGGAGUUCCGCCUUCGUGUCACCUUCAUCGACGCGUCCGAUGAGCCGGCAUCGGACGAGGACGAAGACGAGAGCGGCAGCGACAUGGAGUUCGGGGAGUUUGAUCUCAGCGGCGCGCGGACCUUGCAUAGCCAGACCUUCGCCGGUGACGACUACGAGGAUGAUGACGACGACGAGGACGGCUGCGGCGCCCAGUUCUCGGUGCGCCCGUACCAGGGCGGCUUCGCGCGAGCUGCAGGAGGAUUCGGAGGGUCGAGGGACAGGACGAGCCUGCUGCUGUCAGGCUUCGAGGCGCGCUCCGACGGGCCCGAGCUCACCGACCAGCACGAGCUGACGUCGUGGGACAUGCAGCGCGUCGUGCGCCUGGCGCUGGACGACGACGGGAGCCUGGAAGACGACGAGGCGUACCAGCGUGCGUUGGCCGGCGGCACGCCCAUGUCGCGUGCAUCGCGCGCCGCCAUGCUCGGUCAGGCGCUGCAGUCCGUCAGACAGCCGCAGUCCAAGUCGCCAAGCGCAAUGUUUCCGAUGCGUACCGGAUUCUGAUUGCUCGCCGGAUUGCAACCAACUCUAUUAAAUUUGGUUCCAUAGAUUGGAAAAAGUCUGCAUCUCGCUUGACGUAACUCUUUGUCCAGUGGAUUAGUGGUUCGUGAAACCAGUUUCUAUCAUAACAAAACUGAUUCUGUAGACACUGAAAGUUCCUUUGUAUAGGCGAAAUGCAGCUGUAUGACUAUCUUGUCACAGGUCACAGCUGAAGUAAUACAGGAAACGAUUAUUACACUUUUAUAAUUCUACUAUAUACUACAAGCAUGUCUUGCAUCAGCUUUUCGAAAAAAAAUCA